GUCUGCAUCUGGGAGUGGUCGUGCACGUAAUGUUUUUGAUGCUCUACUGACAUUUGUGAAAGUUGAGAAAGGUUAGUGUUGAGUAUCUGAGUGUAUUGCAGAUUUUGUAUUCAACUAGCACUAAUUUCAAUGUGAUUCUUGAUAAAUGUAUUUCUGUUUCAACCAUAACCGUCGUAAAUGUAACAAUGUAGUUGUGUUAUAAGUUAGUUUCCCACUUGAGGCGCAAUUUUCGUCUUCUGAUUUACACAUGAUGGAAAUGUCAACAUUCUUUAUCUGGACACAAUUGCUUCCAUAUGAUCCAGUUACAUCAUGUCGCCAGGUGACUUCAGAUGACAAUAGUCAUCCACUCUUGAUCAAACCGGAACCUUUUGAUUCAUUGGAAGCCAACGCACAGUAUAAUAUCGACUCGUGUCACAACAGUACUCGAACAACUAGUUUUACAGCUACUCAUGACGGUGGCCAUGUGAACAACUUUGUAAACCAAGUGUCAGUCAUUCGUGAGAACACUUUCCUAGUUGACACUGUCUCCAGCUGUCAGUCGACCAACAAUUCAGAUGGUUUGCAGUCAUUAUUCACUUCCACUGUGACUGGCACAAGUACGUCUUCCGAUUCAAUCAGUUCAGUACAUGAUAAGAUUUCAAGCCACCCUUGUUCUUCCGCGGCUCAAGUGGCUAGUUCCAGCGUUACUUCGGUAACACCGCUUACUGCUUCAUCAAGCAGAGAAAAUGUCUUUUCGGGAUCUAUAUCAUCUGGGAAUGAUGUGAAUAAUUUGUUUUCUCUUCCUCUUCGAUUGUCACCUGGUUUUGUUGGUGAUUCGAAAAUUGAAACUCCUGUGAUACGUGAAUAUAUCAACCAGAAGUGUAACAGACUACGAUAUCCUCUUCAGUUGGCUUGGGAAAUGUCGAAAUUGUAUUCACCAUCGAAGUUGCCUGUGAUAUCGACAGACAAGUCUUCUAUUUCGUGUGGUCAGUAUAAAAGUUCAUUCUGCAACACUCAACAACGGGACCGUGGGUACUUGGAAAUAGAUGAUAGUCAUUUCAUCAAUGUUAAUUCUUCCAGUUUACCUGCCAAAACCAGUACUGUAAUGGUGCAUAGCACAAGUCAACCUCGUACGAAAGCUCAAAUGCGUGAAGUAAGCACGAUAAACGAGACAAUGGAGACAAAUCAGAGAAGAUUACAUCGGAAAAUUGUAACAAUGAGUGUAGACAAUCAGAAGACUGCUUAUCGCACAUUGGAAAUACGGAGGUAUCACCUUUUCGGGUGGUAGUCGUGUCUGAUGACGAGGGGAUAUGCGAAUCCUGUAGCUGAAGCACGCCGUGAAAGUUCGUCUGCAGUGAGAAGAAAUAAACGUGGUAGGCCUUCUCGACGUCUCCAGAGUAGUUGUGGAAAGCGAAGAAGACUAUCGUCAUCUAGAGCAUCCAGGUUACAGCCUACGACUGCAUCUAAAUGCCCACCAAUGACGAAAGAACAGUUAACCAGACUUAAAUCGAUGUCAUCGCUUGAUCUGGUUGGAAAUGAAGAGGCUAAACUUUUAAGAAUGCCGUAUUGUGUUUGUACGUAUGCAUCGCAAUCUGAGAAACAUGAAAUGAAAUCUCACUUAUUACUUGGCGAUGUAAUAAGAGUUUUAUAUUUGUUGCUUACAAAUCGUAAACACCAGAAUAUUGCCUUGCAAGUAUUAAGACACUGUUGGAUAUAUUGUCAUCGAGUCCCCCUAGCUGAUAUACGUCUUUUUACAUUGAGGGGUUUAUCAUCACGAGACUCUGCUCAUCUGUCUCAGUAUCCAUUGGUAAAUUCAGAGUCACCACCACUGUUUGUUGUCCGGUGGUCUUCUGACAGUCUGUUGAAGGGGACACUAGAAAUUGCCUGUAGCUGUCUACCACGUGACCGAUGCUGGUACAAUUGUUGUUCUGAAAGAUUUCUGCAGGCAUUAUCACGUUUAAUAUUCAAACCUGAUGCGAAAAAGUAUCUUUUAAAUAUAUCAAAAUACCUUUCAUCGAAAUGUCGUCAGAUUUCAAAUGCUUCUUCUUCAUCGUCAGCAUCAUUAUAUGUGUUGUCGGAUGGAAACGAUCGUGAUGAUGAUUUUGAGUUAACUGCACCUAAUCCUCCGGUGGAUGAUAAUAUGCGUGAAAGAAAUUUACACGUGGAAUUGUGCAAGUGUCUUCCUCAGUCAGUUUCAAGUUUUCUAAGAAGGACGACCGGCGUAUCUACGCACCACAUUGCGUCUUUCGGAUUUCUAAUUAGCUCUUUUCAUAAUACAUGCCUACAAGUUCUGAGUGAGGCUAAGACGACUUCAGGUUGUAAUUCAAAUGCUCAAAUAGACAAGAGUGUCUCCUUGAAUCUGUUCAGUACUAUGGAAUGUCUACAUCAAGUUAUAUCUGUUUGUUUGUGCCGAUUACAUGAUUCUUUUGCAUCACUUAUGUCAGCUGGUUCUUGUUUGAAGGCGAGGCAUGAACUCGCAAAUGCAGACAGUAAUUCUGUUCAAUCACGUUCUUCUAUGCGGCUGGCUCGUGGACGAGCUCGUCUUUUUGAAUCGGAAUCAUGUGCACGAGAUAACGUUAUUCGUAUAUUAACGGAAGAGGUUUGUGUUCCGCUCCGUAAUGUGUUAAAUUUCCUGGAGAAAAUGUAUCACACGUUGUGUAGUAUAACAUCAAGUGGUUUCUUGCUUUGUCCUUUCUUCGGUUGUGAUAAGAAGGAUACUAGUUUACUGCCUUCGAAACAGUGUGUAUUCGAUUCUAUUGUAUAUACACGAGGACUUGUUAACUUGGAUGCGCCAUCAAGAGAGCAGCGGAAUAUUGAGUUGUUUACGAAUAUUGCCUUCUUCUUACUCGAGUAUCUCACCACCGAUGUUUUCGGACAUGUUCGUGGUCUGCGUGACAGUGUGUUUUCGUUGAAAGAGGAGUUAUCAAAGACUUAUUCCUCCAUAAUGGACACUUGGGUGCCAGCAUACAAAGACCAGCUUCCCUCUGUUAGUCCACGUGCUGAUAUUGAUUUGAAGUAUCUCUUCUCAUCUUUGCAGAGUCAAUAUGAUGCAAUUGAAGCUUGGAGUCGACGUCAACAUCAGGUAGAAUUGAAGCAGAUCAGUAGUACUAUGAUUAGUUUUCUAACACAACUUUAUGAUUGUUGGAAAUGUGGGUUUCUGUGUAGCGAUUUAAAGUUGCCAUGCCGUAUUUUAAAUAUUCCAUAUGGUUCAAGAAACAGUUUAUCCCAGCCUGUGUUAAAUAAGGUCAAUGUGAAUGGGAUAUCGCCAUGGCCACCUCAACACUUAACUUUUGUUCCACCCGAACACCCAGUGCCAGAAAAUUCAGUCAGUGAUCUAAGUAAAACUGUUUGUUCGACAAGCAGUGAUUCGGUAGAAGAUUUUGUCUAUUCGAAAGUGACAUUUUCACGUGAUUCUUUGAGGAAGACGUUGAAAUCUGCGGUAAUCACAGUGCAUACUCCGGAAGUCAGUAGCAGCAGUAGUAGUCAGAGUGAAGGGCGUAUCUCACGUGAUGAUGUCCAUGAUGGUAAUGCAAGACUGCUCAGUGAUCGAUGUGCUGGAGUGGACUCUUCCGUAUCACACUCCAGUAACCCGUGUUCCCCUAAUAUUAUUCCUCAGACAAGAUUACUUAUUGCUGUUAACCAAACAUGUUCAAAGAAUGUUACAAGUAUGUCACCUAACACCUCCUCAUCUUUGGAUUCUAAUUCUCUUCGAACCACAGAGGUGAUAAAUUCGUCAGAAUCUUCUGUUUCGGUGAGUAAAAGUACUACUGAUAAUUCAGAAUUGAAUUCUUUAAAGUUAGUUACUGAGAUUGUUGUGAAUGAUGUGCCAUCACUUGAGAGCCUUUCAAAUCCCUUAUCAUUAGGAAACGCUUGUAAUAAUAGUCCUACUGAAAUUGACGUUGCGUGCAAAGAAAAGGCAUCUGUUAGAAAUUCAUAUGAUUGUGAGAAAGAAGUUAACGGUAGCCAGUGUCCUCCUCAACCGGUUCGGGUGUGCAGUUCUGUGGUGUCAAAAAACAGUGAUACGUUAACGGUCGUUACUAAUGCAAGUGAUUCAUGUGGAAGUGCUUUGCAAAUGUCAAUUGAUUCCCGAGGUGAAUCAUUGGUUCAGAGUGCUUCGGUAAGUCUAAGUGGAACAACGGAAUGUGCUCAUUCGGAAAACUUCUCAUCCGUACCGAAUAAACUAUCAGACAGUCUUAUGCUGGUCUCAUCACGUAGUGAAUGUAAUGAAUCUGAAGCGCAGUCUGUCCCAUCAAACGCUGAUGUGGACACACCAUCUCCUUCGUAUGUUUCAAUCAAUAAUGUUGAGAAUAUUUCUUCACAGCCUAACACAGCUGAACCUACGGAAGAUAUUGAUGUCACUUCAGGUAACCCUGUUCCUUCGCCUAAUUCUGAUGGGAUUCCAGGAAGCCCAGGUGCUUCCACAAACAAUUGCGAUUCACCUUUGCAGGAUUCAAGUUACCGAGAUGAUCAUGAUGAAGAGUCGACAUAUUCUCUUGAGAGCAAUUCUGAUGAGAUAUCAGAAAGUAGAUCCCAGUUAUCGUCUGUCAGUACUGUUGUCUCAAUAAACCGGGAGAAAGAAAAGUCGAUAAAGAAGGUGUGCAUUUAUUUACCCAGUAAUACUGUUACUAACUCUCCGAUUAAGAAUAUUGUCUGUCAAUAUAGUAGUGGGGAAGAGCACUCCGACUCUGAUCAGGUGAACAGUUGCACAAUGACUCUUGAUAGACGGCGAGUUGGGAAAUUGAAACGGAAGCUGAAGAAGUUGAACCACUUACCUGUUUCUGGAACGAAUACUUCUGAAAUCUCAGAAAGGAACUCCGCCUCACAAAUUGAAAGUCUCUUGUGCUCGAUUCCGUCAACUAGUAACAGUUGUUCAUUGACGGGGUUUCCAGAUGGUUCACAUAAUUUGACUAAUUUCCGUGUGAAACAACCGUUAAGUGAUCUUGUAUCUCUUCCUUCUUGGGUGCAAGAGAAAUCUCUGAAUUCUAAAGCUCCCGGACCAGUGACGGCUUCGGUAUUAGGACUAUCUGCGUUCCCACUUUCAACUGUAUCAGUUAGCUCGACUUCUGAUGAAUAAAAUCUCAUCUUUUCUACAGAUUAAUGUUAUUGUUUAAUAUCUGAUAUACAACGUCCUUGACUUGUAUAAAUGUGUACAUAAUGCACUUGUGAUAUCUAUCGAUUGAUAAACGAAGAUUUAUUUUGUGUACACGAUUGUGUUUAUUGCUA